AUGGUGGAGUCUGACACACAAGCGAUCAGAUGGAAAUGGUCGAUCUGAGACUCUUGUCCAUGAAGUAGAGAAAGUUGUAGCACAGAUGACAGCUGCUGAUGGAUCUCCCAUUUCUUCCAGCCAAACCACCUCAACAGCUGCAACUCCUUCUCGCAUUCUCCUCAACCAAGAAUUUCUCAAAACAAGCCGUGGGAGAGUAUACGGAAUAUGCAGUGUGCAGCUACGGGAUUUCAAUCCGACCGAGUCAGUCCAUGAAUCUCUUUCACACAGCAUGGACAUGGACAUGUGUAUCUCUAGUUUGGAGGUUCAUUCGGAAGCUCUCAAGUCAAACAUUACCGAACUUAAACAAGAUGUGGUGGCGAUGAAGGGUGAGUUGAAGGAAGAGUUAGCC